AUUUCCUCCGGCCAAUCACAGGAGCUGUUUCUUGCACGAGUCUCGCCCCUUGCAUCGGAACCGUUCAGUGUUGUCAUUUCCAAACAUGUCCAUCAUGCUCGCAGCAGAUACCUUCACGUUUCACCUGUUGGGCUGUUGAACUCUUGCUCAGAGAUGAGUAACCCGGUCAGAGAAGUCGUCACGCUGCAGCUGGGACAUUAUUCAAACUUCGUGGGGACCCACUGGUGGAACUUACAGGAUGCGUCUUUAUCGUACGAUCCAGAGACGCCGCCGGGUGACAUCGAGAGCGAUGUCGUGUUUCGUGAAGGACAGACUCAGGGCGGACACGUCACCCACACGCCUCGCCUCAUCGCCAUGGAUCUCAAAGGAAGUCUACGUACUCUACGGCAAGAGGGAAGUCUGUAUGACACAGAAGAAGAAACCCCUGCUGUCACAUGGGAUGGAAGCCUCAUGAGACACGAGGAAAGUCCUCCUGUGAAGAACACGUUCCUUAAAGAUCUGGACAAGUUGGAGAGAGGAGAGAUCCUGACUGAAGCUGAUUUCUACUCCAAUACCCAGCCUCAGUGCUCGGCAGCUGCAGUGAGCGUGGAUACCGUGAACAGCCAGCUGGCUCGACGCCAGCGAGGCUACAGGCUGGAGGGCAGCGUGAAGGUGUGGUCCGACUUCCUCCGGAUCCACCUGCACCCUCGCACCAUCUCCGUCAUCCACCAGUACAACCAUGACGGCGAGGCUCACCGCCUGGAGGCGUUCGGCCAGGGGGAGGCUCUCCUUCAGGGGUCGGUGCUCGAGGAUCUGGAGGACAGACUGCACUUCUUUGUGGAGGAGUGCGAUUACCUUCAGGGUUUCCAGGUUUUCUGUGACCUGGCCGACGGCUUCGCAGGACUCGGGUCAAAGGUCACUGAGAUGCUGCAGGACUCGUACGGCGGCAGAGGCAUCCUGACGUUCGGCUUGGCGCCCGUCAGUCACCCGGAUUCAACUCCGAUGAAAGACCUCUACCACCAGUUAAACUGCACGUUAGGGACAGUACACUUGGCCAGUAACAGCUCUUUCUUCUGCCCGCUGACUCUGCGUGGUGGACUAGGCAGACGGCCGUCCUCUCCCACAAUGUUCCCGCACCUAACAUAUGACCCUUCACUGUGGUACCACUCCAGCUCCGUCUUGGCUCUGGCCCUGGACGCCUUCACGUCACCUUACAGGCUGAGGAACAACAGCGUCCCCAUGUGGCAGGUGGCAGACGCUCUGGCUGUGUCCGGGAGAAAGGUGGUGGCCGCUUACGGCGCCGUCCCCUUUCCCAUGAUGCACGGCAGCUCUCUACCCGACGCCCUGAGCGCCUGCGAGGACGGUUUGCCGUGGAAACCGCUCUCAGCUUGCUCUGAGCCCGCUGACGGUCGAUGCUACGGACAGUGGGCGAUGCUCAAAGGCUUCGAGGGCCAAAAACUGAUCAGCUCGCUCGCUCCGGGCGUCAAACCACCCACUCCUCUGCACAGCCUCCACAGCGGGGAAGACGUCCUGGCGUCCUACAUCAGCUCCUUCUACCCUACGUGUCCUCUAACUCUGCAGUUGGUGUCUACUCCCAGUAAGCUGACACCGCCGUUCCCUCAGAUCUUCAGUCAGGCUGUCGGUGCUCAGGGCUUCCUGCAGAGCCAGCCUCCUCUGACCGGCUCUCCGGCUCCUCUGGUCUCCUCCGUCCCCGUCAUGACUUCCCUCCAGUCCGGCCCAGCGCUCGGGCCGUGGCUGUCCGAGCUGCAUCGCGGCGCCAGCGCUUUAGACAUCCGCCGCGUGGCCCCCAGCUUCCUCUCCCAGGGCCCAGAACUGGCCGACUACAAGGAGGCCCUGGAGCAGCUUUGCCUACUGUCCCGGUGUUACCGCGACGACAGCGGUGGGGUGGUGCGCUCUUCCUCAGAAGAGGAUGACGACUGACACUUAGGAACUGUAAUCCUGACGGGCUCAGCCUCGUCUGCUUUGUUUACCAGCCUGCCUGCACUCAUACUGACACAGGGAGGUGACGAGGAGCGGUACCUCUGGUUUAUGAAGGACCAGGACUGGAUGAGAUGAGAUGUGUAGUAAUCAGGAAGGUGAUGGAUGUAGCAUCAUGAUACUGUAUGGAAUGUUACAAACGACUGUUUAUCUGUAAUUAAAUGUGUUUUCUACUCCGCGUACACGAUAAAAUGACAGAUUCCUCCUUUUUGACCAUUAGUUCACAGCACAGACGUCGUCAUGGUGCACUUUAACCACAGUCUUCAUCGUCGUCUUGGAAACAGCUUCUCAUUGCCAGAGCUCAAAGUGACCAGCUGCUUAGUUUUAUAUUAAACAAUUUAAAAAGAAA